GUGAAUCUAGUGGUGACAACUGUGGCCACACAUAUCACCGAUGGAUUCGUUCGCUUUAAUAGAUCUGUAUUGGGGCAAAAUGAGAAGUGGUUGGGCGGCGAUGUGGCCACCAGUCCCGGCGGCGGACAUAAAGUCAAUUUACUUAAGGCUUUCAUUAAUAACUACAAGAAUGACGAAAAUGUUGUCAUCCUUUUUGUUGAUAGUUUUGAUGUGAUCUUAACGUCCAAUUCUGAUGAAAUUCUUAAACGAUUUUAUGAAAUGUCGGCCAAAAUAGUGUUUUCGUCGGAAGGCUUUUGUUGGCCCGACAAGUCAUUAGCAUCUCAAUACCCGAAGUCAGAAACGGACGGAAAACCGUUUCUCAAUUCUGGAGGAUUUAUUGGAUACGCGCCUCAGAUCUACGAAAUGGUGUCCACUUCUGAAAUCAAUGAUUUAGAUGACGACCAACUGUUUUAUACAAAGAUUUAUAUCGAUCGCGACCUAAGGACAAAAUUGGGCAUAAAGUUGGAUCAGAGAGCGAAUCUCUUUCAGAACCUAAACGGAGCGGUCGGUGACGUCGAGAUCAAAUUUUCAGCCGAUGACGCGUACGUUUACAACACUGCCUUCAGUACAAACCCAUUGAUAAUUCAUGGCAACGGUGGCAGCAAAGUUUCGCUCAAUUCUUUGGGUAACUAUUUAGCCAAAUCAUGGCAUCCAAAAGAUGGUUGUCUUUCUUGCAAUGAUAACAAAACAAGUCUAACAAAUACUGCUGACUCUCAACUGCCACUCGUUGUGAUCGGCAUUUUUGUCACACAUAAGACCCCAUUCUUUGCCGAAUUUUUGCAAUAUAUUGUUGAACUGGAAUACCAACGAAAACGAAUCCAUUUAUUCAUUUAUAACAAAGUUUCCCAUCACUCGAAAGACAUUCAAAAUUUUAUCGAUCAGUACAGAGAGGAAUAUCGAGGGAUCAAUGUUUUUGGAUCUGACAAACUCGAUGACCAAAUGCAACCAAUGGAAUGGAGGGCCAGAAAUUCUGCUCUUGACGAGUGCGCAAAAGUCAAUUGCCAUUAUUAUCUUUCCGUUGAUUCAGACGCCAGACUUACAAACCCGUUGACUCUUAAAACACUUAUUCAACAAAAUAAGGCAAUAAUCGCACCCCUUUUGGGACGACAUAACCAAUUGUGGUCUAACUUUUGGGGUGCCAUCUCUUCCGAAGGCUUUUAUUCUCGAUCUCAUGAUUACAUCCAAAUCAUUAACAACGAGCGC